AAAACCUCCGCUGGGUAAACGCGCUCGCAGAUGCCAUGUGAAAACGCGCAUGCUGGCCCUACCGCUCGUUCUCGACCGCUUCACGCGCGCCUCUGGAAUGCUUUUGCAGUGCAGUCUCGCACUUUGACGUUGACGAGACGAGGCGAAAACUUCACGCAGGAUCUUGUUGUUUUUUACUCUGGUUUAUGUUUGUUUCUUCAUGACUGACGUGAGCAAGGCGCCACCACUAUGCGAGCCCAAAUUGAAGUCAUACCAUGCAAAAUCUGCGGAGACAAGUCAUCAGGUAUCCACUAUGGAGUCAUCACAUGUGAAGGCUGCAAGGGUUUCUUCAGACGCAGUCAACAGAACAACGCCUCAUACUCUUGUCCCCGUCAGCGCAACUGUUUGAUCGACAGAACGAACCGCAACCGCUGCCAGCACUGUCGGCUACAAAAGUGCCUGGCUCUGGGCAUGUCCCGGGAUGCUGUUAAAUUUGGCCGCAUGUCUAAGAAGCAGAGGGACUCGCUGUACGCAGAGGUGCAGAAACACCAACAGAGACUACAGGAACAGCGGCAGCAGCAGACGGGCGAAGUGGAGGCCCUCGCCCGUGUAUACUCCUCCAGCCUUACAAAUGGCCUCAGCACACUCAACCACGAGAUCGGAGGCACGUACGCCAAUGGUCACAUCAUAGACAUGCCCAAAGGCCAGUCGAACGGGACGCAUGGAGGCUACUAUGGCAUGGACUCCACCCAGCCCAGCCCUGAUCAGUCUGGUCUGGAUAUGACUGGAAUGAAGCAGAUCAAACAGGAACCCAUAUACGAUUUAACCCCUGUUCCCAACCUAUUCGCUUACGGCUCCUAUCAGGACAGCCAGCUGGCACCUGCAGUGUCCAUGGGGGAGUUAGACCGAAUUGCUCAGAACAUCAUAAAGUCCCACCUGGAGACGUGUCAGUACACGGCAGAUGAGCUUCAGCAGCUAGCCUGGCAGACACACAAUUACGAAGAGGUCAAGAUAUACCAAAGCAAGUCACGGGACAUGCUGUGGCAGCAGUGUGCGAUACAGAUAACUCAUGCCAUUCAGUAUGUGGUAGAAUUUGCCAAGCGCAUCACAGGCUUCAUGGAGCUUUGCCAGAACGACCAGAUAUUACUGCUAAAAUCAGGUUGUCUUGAAGUCGUGCUGGUCAGAAUGUGCCGGGCAUUUAACCCUCUCAACAACACGGUUCUGUUUGAGGGAAAAUAUGGAGGCAUGCAGAUCUUUAAAGCUCUGGGUUGUGAUGAUCUGGUCAGCGCUGUGUUCGACUUUGCCAAGAGUCUGUGUUCACUGCAGUUAACAGAAGAGGAGAUCGCUUUGUUUUCUGCUGCAGUGCUCAUAUCUACAGACCGGCCGUGGUUAAUGGAGCCCAGGAAAGUGCAGAAGCUUCAAGAGAAAAUCUACUUUGCCCUGCAGCACAUCAUGCAAAAGAACCAUCUGGAUGAGGACGCACUAGCCAAGCUGAUUGGUCGAAUCCCCACACUGUCUGCGCUGUGCACUCUCCACACCGAAGAGCUACAGGCCUUUCAGCAGCUCCACCCAGAGACGGUUAACAUGCUCUUCCCACCCCUUUAUAAAGAGCUCUUCAACCCUGAUGCCGCAAGCGUCAUGCCCAAAUGACCAUGCACAGCAACCACACACCACAGCAAUCGAUGGGCCGUCCCUCACAGAAGUUUAUGAUGAAAACAACCACAGCUACAAUUGCUUUGCAGCUACAAAGAAAAUCACUUUAGGAAUGUCCUGCACUUCAAAAGUCCAACUCCAUUUCACCGGUACAGUCAUAAGAAUGUAUAUAUAUGCGCUAGCGACAAAGGCGCCAGAAAUGUACAGACUUUAGGACAACAUAAGGUGUCUUUAAAUUGUUCUUUUUUUAUAUUAAAUAUUGAAAUGAGGGAGGGGGAUAACGAUAAAGUAGUCAUUUCUUUAGUACAAAAGUGGUAUUCCAGUAUUACAUCUUGUUCUGUUAAUAUUUUAGUCAUUAUUUAAAAGCAACACUGGCCUGAAAGGCUUGUCUAUGUAAUUUUUCGUAUUUGUUUUGUAGUUUUACCUGUACAGAAUAUUUGAAGUUUGGUAUAAGGUUAAUAUGGGACUAACUUUGUUUGGCAACAUUUAAAAGCCUUGUCUGGGCUAUGUAGAUAUGUAUAAACAGCACACGCUAAUCCUACACCUUUAAGGAUUUAAAGUGAAAAAAAUGAUAAUGGAUACGAAUAGAGAUAUAUGUUUUAUGUAAAUUGUAAGGAGGAUGGGAACCUUGUCAGUCAUAGCUGCAAUAACAAUAAAUAGACGUUUCUGUAAUGCAUACUUGCUAAAAACAAUCCAGUCAAAUGUGACUACAUGGGAAGCCCUCACAACAGCUUCUUAUCCAAUAAGUUCUUAUGGACGCACUGCCAAAACUAAUACAUUAGCAAAAGUGAAGC